AUACACACAUACACGUUUGCCGAGCCUGGCCUACUCGUUACCAGCUGUAAUCUGCCGCUGUGUAUGCACGGAAGUGGGUUUCUGUGUGACAUUUGUGAAUGGGAUCUGGCAUUUAAAUUCACAGCGGCAUUGCAUAAGUUAUCAUCAGCUGGCUGAGAAAAAUCAAUUCUAUCAUUGGAAUAGUCUGAAGGAAUAUCAUUAAUUGAAGAAAAUCAGAAUAAUUAAGGAAGGAUGUUGUCGGCGAGUAGAUUUGCAGGGUUAUCAUGCAGGUUCAUGAGAAAUUACUCGACAUCACGGACUCUGCUACAAGACAGAAUGAAGAUAGCUAUUAUAGGUCAAAGUCAGUUUGGAGAGGAGGUCUACAAGCUCCUGAGGAAAGACGGUCAUGAGAUCGUAGGGGUCUUCACAAUCCCAGAUGUCAAAGGUCGUGCUGAUCCUCUAGCUUCUUCCGCGGAGGGAGAUGGCACAAAAGUCUUCAAAUUCCCUCGCUGGAGGACGAAAGGUCAACCCAUCGAGGAGGUCGUGAAUGCGUACAAGGAGUGCGGUGCUGAACUCAAUGUGCUUCCAUUCUGUAGCCAGUUUAUUCCUAUGAAUGUGAUUGAUGAUCCUAAACAUGGCUCUAUCAUCUACCAUCCUUCACUUCUUCCAAGGCAUAGAGGAGCUUCUGCUAUCAAUUGGACUCUAAUGAGUGGUGACAAGCAGGCAGGUUUCACAGUAUUCUGGGCUGAUGAUGGACUUGAUACAGGUCCUAUUUUACUUCAGAAGUCUGUCGAUGUAGACCCAAAUGAAACGGUGGAUACACUCUACAACAGGUUCCUCUACCCAGAAGGCAUCAAAGCUAUGGGAGAAGCAGUGCAACUUAUUUAUGAAGGCAAGGCUCCUCGUAUUGUACAGCCAGAAGAGGGCGCCACAUACGACAAGCUCUGGAAAAAGAAAGAAGUCGCUCAGAUCCCAUGGGGCCAGUCAGCGGAAACUCUUCACAACUUUGUGCGAGGAAACGACAUGAUCCCUGGUGCUUGGGCUAGGAUAGAUGGACAGCAAGUGACGAUGUUUGGUUCAACCCUCCUCUCAGGCAGCACACCAAAGGGCACACCUGUUGAAAUAGAAGGCUGCGACACACCAGCCAUCGUUCAUAAAAACGGGUUGGCUCUCUUUGGCAAUGACGGCAAAAUGCUGAAUGUGAAGACCCUUCAGUUUGAAGAUGGUCGUAUGAUCCCUGCUGGCAAGUACGGACAGUCUAUGGAUGCAGAGGAGAAGCUAGAGCUCACACCGGAGGAACAAGAGAUGGCUACAACCGUCAAGGCUAUCUGGGCUGGCAUCCUAUCAACACCAGACAUCUCAGGCGAUACAGACUUCUUCAAGAUGGGAGCUGGGUCAAUGGAUGUUGCCAGGUUGGUGGAAGAGUUGAAACAGAAGUGCAGCGUGGAGCUCAAGAAUGAGGACGUAUACAUGGCUACCACCUAUGAUGCCUUUGUACAGAAGGUGGCCAGGAAAGGAAGAGGGUUGGAUGAACAAGUCUUUGAAUUUGAUGCAUUUGAGAUGCACGUGAACAACAUGGACAUCUCGUUUCCCCACCAACUGUUCAUUAACAAUGAGUUUAUGGAUUCGGAGAGUGGCAAUACCUUCAAGACCAUCAACCCCCAUGAUGAGUCCGUCAUCUGUGAGAUCGCCAAGGCAUCCGUAGCAGAUACAGAUGUAGCUGUAGCUGCUGCUAAGGCAGCUUUCUUUGAGGGAGAAUGGGGCAAGAUGAACGCCAGAGAUAGGGGCAAGAUGAUGUUCAAGUUAGCUGACUUGAUGGAGGAGCACACUGAAGAGUUAGCCACCAUUGAGAGUAUAGACUCUGGAGCAGUCUACACCUUGGCACUCAAGACUCAUGUUGGCAUGUCAAUCGAUACCUUCAGGUACUUUGCUGGAUGGUGCGACAAGAUCCAGGGAGUGACGAUUCCAAUCAACCAUGCCAGACCAAACAGGAAUCUUACCUAUACCAAGAAGGAACCUCUAGGAGUAUGUGCUAUCAUCGUACCCUGGAACUACCCCCUCAUGAUGUUGGCCUGGAAGAUGGCCGCCUGCCUCGCUGCAGGAAACACAGUGGUCCUCAAGCCUGCCCAGGUCACACCCCUUACAGCCCUCAAGUUUGCUGAACUGGUCGUCAAGGCUGGAUUCCCUCCUGGUGUCAUAAACAUCCUACCAGGCUCAGGUUCCGUCUGUGGUCAAAGGAUGGCUGACCAUCCUGAUGUCAGGAAGCUGGGUUUCACUGGCUCAACACCCAUCGGUAUGCAGAUCAUGAAAAGCUGUGCUGAGAGCAACCUGAAGAAGGUGUCCCUGGAACUGGGAGGCAAGUCUCCUCUCGUCAUCUUUGCUGAUUGUGACAUGGCUGCAGCAGUCAGACAGGGACUCGGUUCAGUGUUCUUCAACAAGGGAGAGAACUGCAUCGCUGCCGGAAGAUUGUUCGUUGAAGACACCAUCCACGACGAAUUCUUAGAGAGAGUGGUUGCAGAGGUUAAGAAGAUGAAGAUUGGUGACCCCUUGGACAGGUCAACAUCCCACGGACCUCAGAACCACAGAGCUCAUCUUGAGAAGCUGGUGGAGUACUGUGAUAUCGGAGUCAAAGAGGGAGCUACACUGGUUCACGGUGGAAAGCAAGCUGAUAGGCCAGGUCUGUACAUGGAGCCGACUGUGUUCACCGAUGUAACCGAUGAUAUGAUGAUGGCCAAGGAGGAAUCGUUCGGUCCCAUCAUGAUCAUCACCAAGUUCUCUUCCAGUGAUAUUGAUGGCAUGCUCAAGAGUGCUAACGGCACAGAGUUUGGUCUGGCCUCCGGUGUCUUCACCAAGGAUAUCAACAAGGCCAUGUACGUCAGCGAGAAGCUUGAUGCCGGUACCGUCUUCGUCAAUACCUACAACAAGACGGACGUUGCUGCUCCCUUCGGUGGAUUCAAGCAGUCUGGAUUUGGCAAGGAUCUGGGUCAAGAAGCUCUGAACGAAUACUUGAAGACCAAGACCGUGACAGUCGAGUACAACUGAAUAGAAUGCCAACCAGCCCUGUAGCCCAACAACACAUGCAGGUUCUAGCCGGACUCAUCUCAAAGAUCUUUUUUCUUUUCCGUGGAUUAGAAACUUGUAAAGCCUCACAAUGAAACUACAAUCAUAGCACUGCUUUGGCAGGAAGAAAAAUGCCACAUGCUCUUUUCACCAUGCCUACAUAUGUUGGGGCAGGUACCUCGUAUGUUUCAUAGCGAAUUAUAAAUCCAUUACUGGAAGUAGAUCUACUUACUACUCUACCACUUUUCACCAUUUCCUACCUAUUAUUUCUUUAGCAAGAUUACUGAUCUGUGAUUAGAAAAGGCAACAAGAAUUGUAUUUGUCUAGGCUGUGAAAUGCGUAUGAAAAUACCUGCACAAGAAUGAGUUUGCUUUAGAUUUAAUGGAACUGCAACAUUGGUGUUUUUUAUUCAAUUUCUUGUAAUGUUUUUACAAAAGAUUAAAAACGAUGCAUUGUUUAACAAUUUAUAUAUCAAACAUAACAUUUCUGAAGAACAGCUGCUGUCCAAGCUAUACCAUUUAUCUUACUUGUUACACUUCAUUUUAUAGUUCUUUUUAGGACCAUUUUACUUUCAAUUUUAAAUUCAUGGAGUUCAGUAAUUUGUUACCAAUUUCACUUUUGGAUAAUUAUAUUUUAAUGACCAUGUGUCAAUAAUCAUGAUGGGUAAAAGGUUAUUAACAAAAUGAUUAUGGAAGAAAUUAGCCUUUUGACAAGAUCAAUAUUGCCAUGGAUUUUCACCAUGUAUGAGUGAUAUUAUAUCGUAUACAGUUUUACUCUUAUCAUAUUCACCAUUAUUUUGUAUUCUAGCAAAAAGCACACAUGCAUACACGUGCAGAUCAUGUUUCCAUAUGAUCAUGAAUUUCAGUGUCUUGUAAAGAGUUGCAAUUGAUUUGAAUGGAACAUAAAGCCUUCUAUCUUCAGAUUGAAGCAUUUGAUUGGGAAUUGAAUUUUUAUUUGGACCAAUACCAACUAUGGAGCAUUGAACAAAAGUGUUGGCUUUUUUUUUAAUAGUUUGUAGUUGUGAUGCUGUGUGUUAACUAGUUACCAAAGAUACUGGUAAUUCAAGGGAGUUCCUUAAUUGUAUUGAUAUUAGUAUUAUCAAUUCUAUUUUCUUUAUCUCGGUAUAAUAAUAAAGCAUCACAGGAGUUUAAUCGUACAUGUAACUACCGCAAUAUCUAUCAUUAUUUUUCUUUUUCUUCGGGUUUUCUCUAUAGAAAAGAUGAGGUGACACUUAAAAGAUGUACUUAUGAAAAGCUUCAUUGAGAAGUUCUUGGUCUACUCUAAUGAGAUGUCAGAUGUGACCAAGAGUUGUACCCUGUGGGUCAUCUUUUGACCCCCCCCCCCCCCCCCCCCACAAAAAAAAAAAAAAAAAAAAAUGUAUGUUACACAUAGAGACAAUGCAUGAUAAGAUACAAUUAAUUGCUGCUAGAUUGGCGAUACAAUAGAGUUUUACAAUUGAUUGAAAGUCAGUUUUUAUGUUACAGAGCCCUGUUUUGCCUUCUAUAUUGUACUUCAUGUAUGGGGGCCUGUGCAGCUGAACUUGCCUCAUAUGAUUCAUUUUUACAAUUAGAAGAAUUGUAAUUAUUUUGAUUGUGAUUGUAUUAUUGAUGAGAAGAAAUCAUGACUGAUAUGAUGAAAAUAUGCUGAGAGUGCAUGAAUGUACAUACAAAAUGAGAAAACAUUUUCAAACAUGUAGAUAUCAAAGGGCUCGUGAAAACAAUGCAUGUAUAUUUUUAUCACAAUUGUAUUAUUUCAUCAUGUUAAUUUCAUGAUGUAUUUUGUGUGAAGUGUAGACAAGGAUGUGUUAAUUCUUUCCUUCUACAUUUUGUUAGCAGCUGUCGUUUUCAUGGAUUUCUAGAUAUAUUUUAUGAUAUUCAUGCAGUAUUGUCUAUGUUGCCAUGGUGAAGAUUUCAAGCUUUAAAGCCCCAUUCACAAUUUAGUUUUUAAUAUCAAUCCACAAAGAUCAGGUACACUAUUUUUUGACGUCUAUUCUGUUUGCAGCAGAAAAUGGAACAAGACCGCCAAGGUAUAGCAGUGUACUUGUUUAUUUACUGGCACCGACUUCCCAUGCAAAUCAUACAAAUCAGCUUUACUCAGGGAGGCAAUUUAAAGCAAUUUGAAUGAUCAUACCUGUACUUGAGCCUUAGUAAGCCAAAUCAACUAAGAUAUAUAUGUAUGGUUCUGAAUUUAUUUUAGCCACUACUUGAUAAGGUGCUUACUUCACUCCCUGACAGAUAAUUUGAAGAGGAUUUCCAAAAUUUACCUUGGAAUUUUAGAUGCAUUCUUUUAUCAAGAGAAAUGUAAAUGUGUACUUGUCCACCUCCCUGAUACUAUCUUUAUAACAUAUACUCUAUAUUCUUUGAUUUUUACAUUUACAUAAUACUGGUUUUUCGUAUGUAUUCUGUAUUUCUUUUGUAUUAAAUUUACUCUUUUGCUCAUUCUUCUGUCAUUUAGAUUUAUCCAGAUGAGUAACUUCAGAAGUAAACUAUUUCUUGUCCUCCACAUGCCAUAUCAUUUCUGUCUUUAAAGAAUGUAUGCAACAAUAACACGCUUUUUUUCUCUUCAUUUUAUAAUUAUUAUUCUUUCCUUUUUAUAGAUAUUCUUUAACUAUAAUUCUUUCAAUUGAAAUGAAAGAAAGAUGGUGAUAAAACUGUUAUUUUCAUUUGUUGCCCUGUGAUCAGUAACAGAAAAUAAUGAUGUGGGUGUCUUUAAGGACUUAAAUACCACCAAUUAUGAGAUGUGAUGUGUAUCAUUGCCUUAGUAAUAUAUGAGUACAUAACCUCCUGUAAAAAGCCACUUAUUUGUGUGAAAAGAACAUAAAAAUUGACAAUAAAAUCAAACUUGAUCUCAAUU